UGAAACACCCCUGGAACAUCCACCCUGAAUUAUUGCUGAGAGAUAUAAGCUUAUAUUGGUAUAUCAGAGUGGGAAAAUGAAUGGUUGAUAUAUCCCUAAUGGCAGAAUUUGAGUAACACAGAAAUAGCAGAGCAGGACUUGGCCUGAAGAGCUACCUGUAUCAGUGACUGUCAGCCAGCGAGAGCUGGACAUGAUUCCUCAGGCCCAGGCUGUUAGAGAAGGCUUUGAAAAUGUCUCCUUUCUCGUAAAUUGAUUUGGACUGGAAAACACUGAGACAAAAGAGGUAGAACUGUCUUCAUGCUUGCUGACAUUUUUAGUUCAAACCCGUGAAACCAAAUCCCCAAGUGCAAGAAGGAUGGUGAUGUGGUACUUAAGCAUGAUUUUUUUUAUUUUUUUUUAAAGUUCUUAAAGCUGCAAAAGUUAUUAACCACCAGGAAUCAUUCCUUUUAUAUAUAUUAAAAGCUGGUUUAUAUGGAAGGCCUUAGAUGUACUCAAAUUUCAAACACCUGGGUUAUUUUCUUUACUUUACUGAUCAAUGCAGGUGUUUCAUAGCAAAAGCACACAGGCAAUCAGACUGUCUGAGGGCAGCAAUGAGUUGCACACAUUUCUCCUAGUAUAAAUAAAUUUUCUCAAGUGUGUGGAGUGAAUGGGCCUUUGGCAUUAAUUGUAAUUAGAUGGCGGUCAGGCUUUGAGGUGUAGAAAAAUACGUGUUUUAACCGAUUCAUAGAAGAGUUGCGCUAUCUUCUUCCGCAAAUCAGCUGCUUCUAAUUUUGCCUGUGAGGGAAGAGGGAAGGAAAGAGGCAAGGCUACCACAGCCCAUGCCAGGCAGGGGGUGAAGCCAGUUCUUCUCCCACAGCUCGCUCCUGCCGUGGGAUGUGGCACAAGGCGCUGCGCCCUGCCAGCACACGCGUGCGCUCCCACUUGCCGCAGCCAGCCCAGCCGGGGAGCGUGCCACCUCUCUGUCUUUACCAAGAUCAGAUGGAGCUAGUCAAUCAGGGGAUACCAUUAUUGACUCCACCAAUUUCCACUAUCAAUAAUUUACUGUAUUUGCUGCACGCGCAGGAGGAGGAGGAGGAGGAGGAGGAGAUGGCCGAACGGAUUUUUGUCAGGGGUUCCACCAAGUGAGAAGAGUGAUGACCAUCCUUUUCUUUACUAUGGUUAUCUCAUACUUCACUUGCAUGAAAGCUGCCCCAAUGAAAGAAGCUAGUCUAAGAGGACAAGGCAGCUUGGCUUACCCAGGUCUUCGGACCCACGGGACCCUUGAGAGCAUAAAUGGGCCCAGUGCUGGUUCAAGAGGACUGACAUCGUUGGCAGAUACUUUUGAACAUGUCAUAGAGGAGCUUCUAGACGAGGACCAGGACAUCCAGCCCAGUGAGGGAAACAAGGAUGCAGACUUGUAUACAUCCCGAGUCAUGCUAAGCAGUCAAGUGCCUUUGGAACCCCCGCUGCUCUUUCUGCUCGAGGAGUACAAAAACUACUUGGAUGCUGCAAACAUGUCCAUGAGGGUCCGGCGCCACUCCGAUCCAGCUCGCCGCGGGGAACUGAGCGUGUGUGACAGCACGAGUGAGUGGGUGACGGCAGCAGAGAAAAAGACUGCAGUGGACAUGUCCGGGGCAACCGUCACAGUCCUGGAAAAAGUUCCAGUACCCAAAGGCCAGCUGAAGCAAUACUUCUAUGAGACCAAAUGCAACCCUAAGGGGUACACAAAGGAGGGCUGCAGGGGCAUAGACAAGAGGCACUGGAACUCUCAGUGCCGAACUACCCAGUCUUACGUGAGAGCUCUCACCAUGGAUAAUAAAAAGAGAGUUGGCUGGCGCUUUAUAAGGAUAGACACUUCUUGUGUAUGUACAUUAACCAUUAAAAGGGGAAGAUAGUGGAUUCGUGUUGUAUAGAUUAUAUUGAGACGAAAUUAUCUAUUUGUAUAUAUACAUAACAGGGUAAAUUAUUCGGUAAAAAAAUAAUUUUAUGGACUGCAUGUAUGACUGAAGUUUAUACAGUACAGUGGUUACACAAUCUAUUUAUUGAACAUAUCCAUGACCUGAAGGGGAACAAUAGUCAUUUGCGCACAAGUUUAAACAAACAAACAAAAAAAAAAAACAAAAAAAAAAAAAAGGAAAAUCAAGCAAACAAAAAAGUCUGCAUUACAUUCCUCCAUAACAUUGUGGUUUGUCGCCGUUGCCAAGAAUUGAAAAUAUAAAAAAAUUUUUAAAAAAAAAAAGAAUAAAAUUGCAUGCUGCUUCAAUUGUGAAUUAAUGAUAAACUGUCCUCUUUCAGAAAAAUAAAUUGAACCAAAACAUUCUGUUUACAUUUUAGACAGUAAGUAUCUUUAGUCUGUUAGUAUAUAUGUUUACUGCUUCUAACUUCUGAUAGCGUUGAAAUUAAAACAAUGUCAAGGUGCUGUUGUCAUA